AUUAGGCAGACUUUUAAUGUGCAACUUGGGAUCGGGCUGGCCAUCGAAAAGCGCCUCGGCAGAGCCAGCGUCCUCAGGGGUCUGGACAAACGUGGUGUGGAAUCUGCAGCGAGGAAUCGUGAAGCACCGAGCAGCCGGCAGCUUUGAAGGUUUUGCCGCGGCGCGCGGCGGGCUUCCUUCCACCCGCUGUUGAGAUACAAACGGUCGACGCGAGCCUCGGGCCGCCGCCGCUCCUCGCUGCCGUAGCCGGGCUCGGGUGGCUCGCUCCGGUCGCCUAUGCUGUCUCCCCCUGUCCCUGCUGAGCGGGGCGGGAGGCCUUCGGGGCCCUCCUCCGUGCUCGGCGGCUGCCGGGGAGGCUGGCGACCGCGCGCCCCGGGUUAUGCAGGGGAAGCCUCUCUCUGCUGCCCUUUCCGAAACGGCGGGCGGGAGCGAAUGACCAGAUUCAACCUGUACUUGUAUCUUACCCUUCUUCAAAAUAUUUGUUCUGCUGAUAUGGAAGAGGAUGCGUUCCAAGGACAUACUUUGUUGUCAGAAAUUCCAUUAUCAGAGGUGAAAAAUUAGAUUAUUGAAAGCAGGAGUUGAAUGUAAUGUUGAAUAAUGGCAACAGGUGACUUAAAAAGAAGCUUACGGAACCUAGAACAAGUGCUUCGCAUGCUAAAUUAUCCUCAAGAGGUGGAUUGUGUAGGUUUGGUAAAGGGAGAUACAGCAGCAUCUUUGCCCAUCAUCAGCUAUUCCCUUACCUCAUAUUCACCUUAUAUAGCAGAACUUUUAAUGGAAUCCAACAUAGAGCUCAUAGCGAAGAAUGACUUGCGUUUUGUAGAUACUGUCUAUAAGCUUCUUCGUGAUCAAUUUAAUUAUAAACCAAUCUUGACAAAAAAGCAGUUUCUCCAAUGUGGAUUUGCAGAAUGGAAAAUCCAAAUUAUUUGUGAUAUUUUGAAUUGUGUGAUGAAAAAGCACAAGGAAUUAAGUAGUCUUGAGAAGAUUCCAUCACAACAAAGAAAGAAAAUCAGUUCUGUUAAGUCAGAACCUUUAAGCACUGAGAAGACAUCUACAGAAUCUGUUGGCAUGGACAGCACUGGCAGGUUUAUAACUUCAGGAAAGAAAAAAGCUGUGGUGAUCCGUCACCUGUAUAAUGAAGAUGGCCUUAACAUUCCUGAAGAUACAAUAAGUACCGUAACAGAUGUUAGAGAAGCUUUUGAUGUAUGUGACUUAAAGACUACUGAAACAAAGGUUCCUGAAGUAAAGUUCCUUGAAAUCAAGUCUGAACAACAAGAUAUUAGAAUUAAUCCUGAGAUUACUGCACUACAGACAAUGCUUACUGAAUGCCAAGAAAAGCUUCAGAAACUGGCUUUGGUAGAGAGUAGAUUAGAAUCUUUGGAAGAAAAAAUGAAAGGAAAAGUGAUGGUAAAUGAAAAAACCUGGACUAAUCUUCUAAGUCGUGUCACUCUUCUUGAAACAGAAAUGCUGCUGUCUAAAAAGAAUAAUGAAUAUAUAGACUUCAGUGAACUGAAUGAAGACUACGAAUCUAGUAAUGACAUAGAUAUUCUGAAUCCUGACAGAAAAAGCAAAGAGAGGCAAACAAGUAUUCCUCUUUCCUCUGGCUAUAGUACUGUGUCAUCAGAUUCAACUCCCAGAACCUCAACUACUAGCUACUGUGGUUUGAAAGAGAAUUCAGAGGAAACAACAAUCCAGAAAAUGGAAAGGAUGAAAAAAAUGUUUGAAGAAACUGCAGAGUUACUGAAAUGUCCAAAUCAUUAAUUAUAGAAUUUUCUACAGGAACUUCUCUAGGACUUUGGCUACUGUACAUGUUGUAUAUUUUAAGAAUUCUCUAUAAAUUUUAAAUAUGCUGCAAUAUUUUUAUGAAGAAUUUGAAUUCCAUUUGGCAUAUGAGUUUUUUCCAGUAUUGAAUAAAUACUUAUUUUUAUGCUAUGAUUACACUUCUUUACUCUAUUUUACUUUUCUAAGGAAAACCUAUGUGCCAAUAUAUUUCUUUUACAGAGUGAAGUCAUUACAGCACUGUAUUUUUGUGUUGACAUUUGUUGGCAGUGUGCUAAGUAAUAUGUUUUUUAAAGUACAGGCUUGUGGACUAUGGUUUACAUCCUGUUGGAAACAUUCCAAUUGGGACUUGUGUAUUGUACCCAUGAGGCUCUCAUGCAUACCAUCUUGCCGUCUGUACUGACUAAUAUGUUGUAAUGAAAAGUUAAAAAUGCUCAUUGAAAAUUAAAUAAAAAUGCGAUUUUAUGUUUAACCAAAAAGCAGUAAUACAUUUUCAGUUAACAGUGAAAGAGUGAAGGUAUGAUUCUCUUUUUGUAUUUGGAAACUGGUCAGAAAGUUCAUCAUGAAAAAUGUGUUGAGUAUUUUAGUGCUCUAUUCCAUAACACAUUUUAAGACCAGCAGCACAGACACAGAUGGUGGCCAUCCAGUAUUACAAGAUACACAGUAUGGUUUUUUGUUUUCUUUUAAGUGAUGGGAAGUUCUAUUUUUUUCUAGAGAGGAAAGGUCUUAGAUGAACUUAAAUCAAGAGAAAAAUGAAAUUCACUUUAAAUUACCAGAUGCAUUACUAGACAAAUGAUCUUUUUUUUAACUUUAUACAUAAAAAAUGUAAUAAUAGCCCUGGUUAAUCUUUAAGAAAAUUGAUUCCAUUACUUGGAAGGAAAAAGGAAUAUUUUUUCUUUAUUAUUAUUUAGAUAAUCUGAUUGUAUUUUAU